UCAUUGUAGAGGAGAAGAGUGUAGCGGCUCCGAUGUAAAAGGGUAUUCUGGUCUCGUGAAUCAGACUUCUUAUGUAGGCUAUCUCUGUUUUCUGUCGCUCCGGCCUACUUUUCAUUUUCCUUUUUCAAACUCACUUCUCAAUGUCUUGGAGACGUAAUUGCCAAGUUCUUAAGCGCAGCAUGCAGGGAUUUCAACAUGCUUGGAUAAAAAGUUUUUGACAGCUCCGCUUUCGUGAUCCAGUUCUGAGGAGUUUCGGACCUGAGCCGACUCUAGGCUACUGCUUUACAUCCCGCAUCCUGUCAAUCAAUCGUGGACAGCAUAUUAUGGUCGUGUCGUUUCCGUAAUACAAUCCGAACACAUUUUCCCCAAAACCGGGCAACAUGACAAACUGGAGUGGGAAUAACUUUGCAUUUCUGAUUGCUUUUUAUGUCUUGUCCAUGUCAGUUGUAACGGGCAAUACAGACAACACACUUCUGAAUUUACAUGACGGCAACAGCUUGAACCAGAAUGUGUUGCACAGUGCCGUCCCUGAGCCCCAACGCUAUGACACCACGGUACCUUUCCUGCUGGAAGGGCCGGAGCGCAAACCACUCAGCCAGCUCACGUCCAGGAGUUAUCCUGCCUCACUGAGGCUGGUGGUGGAGGCGGAAGGUGAACAACUGGUCCUGGCACUACAAAAAAACAAGGGCCUGUUUGCAAGUCAUUACACUGAGACACAUUACCUGGAGGAUGGGAGUCCCGUCACUGGUGCUCACAACUCUACGAAGAACUGUUACUACCAUGGAGAAGUGGAAGGCCACGCUAACUCUGACGUCACUCUCAGCACCUGCUCUGGCCUCCGGGGUUUCAUCUCACUUGAAAAUAAGACCUUCAUCCUUGAACCAUCGUUGGACCAGGACAAUUAUACACACAUCAUUUACCGAGGGGAAAACCUCAACCUGUCCUCUGGAACCUGUGGUCAUGGCUUCAACAUGUCCUCUGUUACACCUGACAACCAUCUAAGAAGCCCUUUCCGAACAUUCAGUACCAGGCACAAGAGGCACGCUCAGAAGACUACCAAAUAUGUAGAGCUGAUCAUCGUUGCAGACAACAGAGAGUUUCAAAAACAGGGAAAGGAUGUUGAGAGGGUGAAGCAGAGACUGGCAGAGAUAGCCAAUUACGUGGACAAGUUCUACAGGGUCCUGAACAUCCGCGUGGCCCUGGUGGGCCUGGAGGUAUGGAGCGACUCUGAUAAGUGUCCUGUCACUCAGGACCCCUUCAACACCCUGCAUGAGUUCCUAGACUGGAGGAAAGUCAAACUGCUGCCUACGAAAUCACACGACAACGCUCAGCUCAUCAGUGGGGUGUACUUCCAGGGUACCACCAUUGGCAUGGCUCCCAUCAUGAGCAUGUGCACAGUGGAGCAGUCUGGAGGCAUCGUCAUGGAUCAUUCGGAAAAUCCCCUGGGUGCAGCUGUGACUUUAGCACACGAGCUGGGGCACAACUUUGGCAUGAACCACGACACCCCGGAGCGGGGGUGUGGCUGCAGGAUGACAGUGGACCGUGGGGGCUGCAUCAUGACCCCCUCCACUGGGUAUCCAUUUCCUACUGUGUUCAGCACCUGCAGUAAGAAGGACCUGGCAGCCAGUCUGGAGAAGGGAGUGGGGAUGUGUCUGUUCAACAUGCCCGAGGUCAAGGUGCUCUACGGGGGACAGAAAUGUGGCAACGGAUAUGUGGAGGAGGGAGAGGAGUGUGACUGUGGAGAGCUGGAGGAAUGCAUGAACCCCUGCUGCAAUGCCACCACCUGCACCCUGAAGGGAGAUGCUGUGUGUGCACACGGACAGUGCUGCGAGGACUGCAGGCUGAAGCCUGCUGGCACACCGUGUCGAGAAUCCAGUAACUCCUGUGAUCUGCCAGAGUUCUGUACUGGUGCCAACCCCCACUGCCCUGCCAACGUGUACCUGCAUGACGGGCACUCUUGCCACAAAGUGGACGGAUACUGCUACAACGGCAUCUGCCAGACCCACGAGCAGCAGUGCAUCACACUAUGGGGACCAGGAGCCAAACCUGCCCCGGGGAUCUGCUUUGAGAGGGUCAACUCAGCAGGAGAUCCUUACGGGAACUGUGGCAAGGACUCCAAAGGAUUGUUUGCCAAAUGUGAAGCCCGAGACGCAAAGUGUGGUAAAAUUCAGUGUCAAGGAGGGGCCAACCGGCCUGUGAUUGGCACCAAUGCCGUCUCCAUAGAAACCAAUCCUCUUCAGGAAGGAGGGAGAAUCCUGUGUCUGACGCACGUCUACCUGGGUGAUGACAUGCCCGACCCUGGACUGGUUCUGGCUGGCACCACGUGUGGAGAGGGCAUGAUGUGUCUAAAUCGUCAGUGCCAGAAUGUCAGUGUGUUUGGUGUGCACCAAUGUUCUGGGAAGUGCAGCGGACGAGGGAUGUGUAACAACAAGAAGAACUGCCAUUGUGAGGAGCACUGGGCCCCUCCCUUCUGUGAGAGGGCGGGGUUUGGAGGCAGCCUCGACAGCGGCCCAAUGAGACUGUCAGCCGACAGCAGGGGGGUUGCCGUGGCGAUCCUGGCCACCCUCCUCAGCCUGAUGGGUGCUGGGUUCCUGGUAUUUCUCAAGAGGAAGACUCUGGUCCGUCUGCUCUUCACCAACAAGAAGACCACCAUGGAUAAACUGAGGUCUGUUGGGUCCACCAGAGCAACCAGCCCCAGCCAGACUCAGUCCAUGUACAGUUCACGACGCAAAUCCCCAGCCAAGCCUCCAGGUGCCAGCGUAUACAAGCCAUCCCACCGGAGUUUGGAGCCUCUCCUUCCUUCACACAGUUUACAUUCCCACAGCUUACGGCGGUUGCCCAACUACCAGCCCAUCCACAUCAGCCACCCCAUGCCUGUCUCCCUGAGUGUGGGACAGCAACCUCUGCCGCCAGUCCCACCCCACCACAGGGCCCUGCCGGCCCACACUGCCCUCUCCCCACCGCGGGCACCACCCUGCCACAGCCUGCCCAGACAGCAGCCCUACAGGAUGGACCAGGACCGUGAGAAGCCCAGUCCGCCCCAGAAGCCCCUGCCUGCAGACCCUCUGGACAGGCGUGCUUGGGUGGAAAGCAGCACCUCGGUGGUGGGGUUCCGCCUCCCUGGACCCGUACCUAUCCCCAUCCCCACCUUGCCCAGGCCCCUGCUCACCAUCCCACAACCAAACAGACCUGCACCCAUACAAUCCCUGAGACUGCCUAAGACUCAUCAUUUCGACCGCUGAUCACAAAGAAAUGGAGAUGGAAUAGCGGGGAGCUCUAUGGAUGGAGACCCAUAUUUGCACUACAAGACUCCACCAGACCUUUGCAACUUUGAAAGGGUCUCAGAGUUUUAGGAAAAGGGGACUGACUUCAAACAUUGGUGCUGUGCCUCUGAAAGGUGCUUUUGUUGUCCUCGCUCAGGUACAAAUGAACUAUUUAAUGACUAUACCUUGUAACUCACUAAGCAGCAGUGUUAGGGACUGGGAGUUUAUGUUCAGUUUGUCAUUAAUAAGAACUGCUUUCACAUUCCAAGGCAUCCACUCACUUCAUAAUCUGCAACAGUGUCAGACUGACAUGUUGGACGUGUCAAUUGAGGUGUGUUUCGACCACAGGCGGUUGGUUGGUGGCACCUUAAUUGAGGAGGACGGGCUUGUGGUAAUAGCUGGAGAAGAUUAAGUAGAAUGGUAUC